AUAAAUCUCUCUGUAUAAAUACUAAUUCUUAUUUGAAGAAAAACAGUCAAAUUAAGCCAGAGAGGGUCCUUCUUUCUUUGUUUCUCUUUUUCUCUUUUCUCUUCUUUUUUUCUCCCAAUCAAAUAAUCUGAUAGAACGAGAGGGGAGAGGAAGUGAAAAGACCAGUUUGCCCUCUCGUUUCUUUCAAAUUUUCAUAUUACUCUAUUCCAUCAGGUUCUGAUUCUUUGUUUCGUCACCAUGAACGAGAAGGCCAACGUCUCUAAAGAGCUAAACGCCAGGCAUAAAAAGAUUUUGGAAGGACUUCUUAAAUUGCCAGAGAAUAGGGAAUGUGCUGACUGCAAAGCCAAAGGUCCAAGAUGGGCCAGUGUGAAUUUAGGUAUCUUUAUUUGCAUGCAAUGUUCUGGAAUCCACAGAAGUCUUGGGGUACACAUUUCAAAGGUUCGAUCUGCCACCUUGGAUACCUGGCUACCAGAGCAGGUUGCCUUUAUUCAAUCAAUGGGAAAUGAGAAAGCAAACAGUUACUGGGAGGCUGAGCUCCCCUCCAACUAUGACAGAGUUGGAAUUGAGAAUUUCAUUCGUGCGAAGUAUGAGGAGAAAAGAUGGGUUGCUCGAGGUGGACAGGCAAAAUCACCUCCCAGAGGGCUAGAAGAGAAGGCUUCUGUUCAUUGGCAGAGACCUGUUGAAAGAAGUGGGCAUGCAUACACCAGCAAUGCUGAAAACUUAUUUCCAGAGAGGAAGCCUGUUCAAGCGCUAAGUACGAGAGUUUCUGUCCCUGCUACAAGAAUUAGUCUUCCUGCACCCCCUAAAGGACCUGAACAGGUUACUCCUGUUUCAAAGCCUCAAGAGGUAGUUCAGAACACAGAGUCAACACUGGCACCAGCUGAGGCAACAAAGCAGAGCACAAAUGCUACGCCUGUCACAUCCCCUCCUAAAGUUGAUUUUUCUACUGACCUUUUUGAUAUGCUAUCCAUGGAUGAUCCAUGUGAAAAGGGCACAGAGGCUAGUUCUGCUGAUGAUGGUCUUUGGGCAGGUUUCCUGUCUGCUGGACAAUCAACUGGAGAGAAAAUUGAUACAACCAAAGCAGUUGAGAGUAAGCCCCAAUCUGCCUCAGGAAUUGAGGACUUAUCUGCUGGAGAAUCAACUGCAGAGAAAGCUGAUACAACCAAAGCAGUUGAGGGUAAGCCCCAGUCUGCCUCAGGAUUUGAGGACUUGUUUAAAGAUUCACCUUCUCUUGCAACUCAGCCAAUUUCAGCACAACCCCAGAAAGAUGUGAAAAAUGACAUUAUGAGCCUUUUUGAGAAGUCCAAUAUGGUUUCGCCCUUUGCUAUGCAUCAACAUCAACUUGCUAUGUUAGCACAGCAACAGUCACUUUUGAUGGCUGCUGCAGCUAAAGCGGGAGGAGGAGAUCUAAAAUUCCCCAGUAGUUUUCAACACCCUGGGUCCAAUGGUGCCAAUUUGCCCACUCAGAAUUUGCCAAGCUUUGGCAACCAAAUUCCUGGAAUGAUGAUGCCAGUUGGAGGACAGGCUGGCUUGCAGAAGCUUAUGCAGGCUAUGGCUCAAGCACAGCAACCGGGGGCUGGAUUUCCAUAUCCAACAUCCAGCUUUUACGCCAUGCGUCAAGCUACCCCAGCUAAUGGCAUGACAACCCCACAAACUGGAACUAGUAAACAACAGCCUGCGGCAUCCCCAGUUUCAUCAACACCAGCUUCACAAACGGGAAAAGAUUACGAUUUUUCCUCACUAACACAAGGAAUGUUUGCGAAACAUUGAGUUUUGUGGGGUUGGUACUACUGGCAUUGUCACGCAAUAGCACUGAAAUGGUUAUAUUACAGGGAAAUAGCAGCACACUUUAAGUGUGCUGGGGUUUGUAAGUUGUAAACUAAUUAUUUGUAGAGGCAUUUUUCAAUUUUCUCUUCAUAUUUGGGUGAUGUCUUCAUCCGUAUGAGUAGAUGUAGAUGUAUCCAGAAAAAUAAAGAUGAGUUAUAGAUUCGAGUGGACUGAUUUUCUUUC